AUGGCUGUGAUAUGUUUCCAGACCCAACCUCAAGCUGAUGGCGGCAUACGAGUUCAGGCGACCGGUAUAUAUCUCGUUAGACCAGUACCUUGCGACCACCGUACAGAGAUCAUUGCUCGUCUCCGUGGCCAAGAAAUUUACGUUCCGGAUGUGUAUUACAUAUAUACCGAUUGGCUUUCCAAAGUGCAUCCUGAUGUCCAAGUGUUGAGAGAUCAUCUAGAAGGAUACUUCCAAGAGUUCAUCAGCACGGAGAGCCAAAGAAGGAAACAACGCAGAGUAGACAACGGCCUUUGCGUGGGAUACUUCUGGACCCAUGUUGAGCCAGAGAAGUUCAUCGUACUAGGAGAACUUGUAGCUUGGUUCUUUUUCUGGGAUGAUGAAAUUGAUUGCGGCAUUCUCACCGACGACCGCGACAAGACGGAAGCGUACUGUAACGAUACACUCAACUUCAUCCGAUAUUGUUUGCAACCAGAACUCGAUGGCGAAGUUCCAGCGCCAGGGCGAUUGCACAACUGCGGGCCAUGGGUCAAUAUGGGAAAAGCGAUGCAGGAAGGGCAAUCGAAGGAAGCACGCGACCGAUUCGCCGAAGCCAUUUACGACUUUAUUCUUGGCGUUCAAACAUCUCAGGCUACAUGGGAACAGGGGAUGUCCACCCUAGAGGAAUACACGGCGCGUCGCCUAAGAACGGUCGGGACCAACCCUUGCAUCGCUGUUAUGCAAUGGGCCUACAGCCUUACACUGCCUCCAUCGGUAUGGGACCACGAGGCUUUGUUAGCCAUACAACGCGAGGUAGCCAUUUCGGACUUCCUCUGGAACGACAUCGUAAGCUUACGGAAGGAAACCGAUGAUGGCGACAUUGAUUCUGCAAUCCCAGUCAUGGUCUGGAAUGAUGGAUGCAGUGCACAAGUCGCCGUCGAUCGAUGUGUGAGGAUGGUGGAAGAGAGCUGGGCGAGACUGUUGGACGGAGAGAGGCGACUGCUCAAGGCACAUGCUCAGGAGUCUGAGCAGAUUAAGCGCGAUAUCGAGACGCUUGUCGGCGGAUGUAAAGAUGUAUUGGUCGGACAUAUGGUUUAUUCACUUAAGAUUCCGCGUAAUAUGUCGGCAGCAAGGAUGAGCGAGAUGGACUGCAGUUUCCGCGUCGUGUUAUAG